CAGGCCGCAGAUGAGAGCGAACGGUAGGUUUUCCACGCGUCCACUCUCUGGACAGUCGUUUACACUCAUGUCGUCUGCGAUAUAUGUUAUAAACCAAUACUUAAGUCGUGAAGAGAUGUCUAAAUUGAUAGACAUUUCGAUUAGAUAUUGAAAGAAAUUAGUGUUUGACAAAAGGACUGAAUUUCUGAAACAAUUAAUACAUAGAAUUAGAAAAACAUUGGAAAACCGCACUAAUAUGGAAGACGACAGGAUAUCAGUCCUCGAAACACAGUUAUCUCAGGCGAGACUCAUUGCUGAAGAGUCUGACAAGAAAUAUGAAGAGAUGGCUCGACGUAUAGCUAUGUUGGAGGCGGACUUAGAACGCGCUGAAGAGAGAGCUACUACUGGCGAGGGCAAAAUCGUUGAACUCGAGGAAGAGUUGCGAGUCGUCGGCAAUAACUUGAAAUCACUUGAAGUUAGCGAAGAAAAGGCCCAACAAAGAGAGGAGGCGUACGAACAACAGAUUCGCAUUUCUACCGCUAAGCUAAAAGAGGCAAUGCAAAAGGAGGAGACAUAUGAAAUGUCUAUAAGACAACAGAGCCAGAGAUUGCAAGAGGCCGAAGCGAGAGCCGAGUUCGCCGAGAGAUCCGUUCAGAAACUCCAGAAAGAAGUGGACAGACUUGAAGAUGAUCUGUUGGGCGAACGCGAAAAGACACAUCUCUUGCAAGAAGAGGUCGAAACUACGCUAAAAGAUUUGCAGUCGAUGUGAAUUUAGUUGGCAUUUAGGCCCCAAAAAACAAUUAACUUAACGUUUCAAUGAUUUUGUGUUCGUUUACUAACUUUAAAUUUUAUUAAAUAUUUGUCAUUUGCAUUAAUAAUAACGAUAUAAACCUUAUAUACAAUACAAUACUGCCUGACAUUGGAUGCACAGAAUCACGCAUUUUAUACAUUACUUAAUUAAUCAAAUCGUCAUAAUAUUAGUAACGCUUAAUUAUUAUAUGCUUUAUAUGAUUGCAUCGAUUGGAUAUGUCUUAGAACGAAUUGGUUCACGAGAAGGAGAAAUACAAAUCGAUUUCGGAUGAGUUGGACCAGACUUUUGCCGAACUCACCGGUUAUUAAAUGGUUAAAACAGUUUAUAUUUGGCUCUUCUGUUGUGUUGAAUCAAUCGUUUUCUUUAAGACAAUACAUACUCCGAUCCAAUGCUUUAUACACUUUCGCUCUAAUAUUGGUUUUAUUCCAUAAAAUUCUUAU